AUGGUGAAGUACCGCUGUGUACCCGAGUGUACUGGAAGCGGGGGACAUAAAUUCCCCCGUGAUUCUAGUCUGCUGCGCAAGUGGAGGGUGGCAAUAAAGAGAACCGACUUUAGAACGAAAGGGCUUUGGUCACCGUCAACGGAAGACGUUGUGUGCAAAGCACACUUUCAACAAAGUGAUUACAAGGAAACCUUAUUAGGAGAACGUGGCCGUCUUAAGGAUGAAGUUGUGCCUUCAGUGUUCCCUUUUAGGCCUACAUCUGUAGCAAGUCCAAGGGAAAAGCGACAACAAAAGAGGGUUGAGAACAGCAAUUCCCCUGGUAACGGCACCAUUUUGGACAGUUUAAUGGGUGAUGUACAGCAGGAGGUGGAACUGCCACCUGGAAAUAUUGAUGGCAUUAUUGAAAUUCCUGGUGACGACACUGUCACAGAAACAUUUACUAGCACAGGGGCUCAAUGCAACAUAAUUGGUGAUUGUCGCAUUCGGAACUACUCUAACAAUCCAAAAGGUGUCCAGUAUUGGACUGGCUUUGCUAACUAUCAUCAUUUCAUGUUUGUCUUUAAUUGCCUUGAUCCUGCUGCUAGAUAUCUAAAUUACAAAUGUACAUCCCUCUCAGCAGAAGAUCAGUUCUUUUUGACAAUGAUCAAACUACGUCAAGGCUCUGAUGAUUUUGAGCUUUCUGAGAAGUGUAGUGUUAGUGAGACAACUGUUUCCAAAGUAGUUAUCACUUGGAUCAACUUUUUGUACUUUCAACUAAAAGAGCUACCUAUAUGGCCUACUAGGGAUACUGUUACAGAACACAUGGCCAUAGAUUUUAGGAAAAAAUUCAAAAGCACUGGAGUUAUCCUUGAUGCUACAGAGGUUCCUAUCCAGAAACCUUCCCAUGUACAGGCCCAGAGUUUGUCUUGGUCCAGUUACAAACAUAGAAACACUGUCAAAACAAUGAUUGGCUGUACACCUCAUGGUGCAGUUUCCUAUGUAAGUCAAUCAUAUGGGGGUUCAGCAAGUGAUCGCCAGAUAAUGGAAAACUCUGAACUGUUAGAUCCACAGAGAAACUUCUUUGAAAGGGGUGACAGUAUUAUGGCAGAUAGGGGAAUCAUGGUUCAGGAUUUGUUUGCUACUCAUGAUGUUCAUGUUAACACCCCAUCAAUGUUGAAGGGGAAAACACAGUUAGAACCAGAGGAAGUGGUAAGAGAUAGAAGAAUAGCUUCUAAAAGAAUUCACAUUGAAAGAAUUAUUGGACUUGCUAAAAGAUACAAAAUUAUAGGAACACCACUGCCAGCUAGCAAACUCAAACUUGCAUCAAGAAUUAUAUAA